AUGGGCGACAAAUCACCGAGAACAUUAUGUCGACCACCUCCUCGUAACAGCAGAAACAACAGAAGACGCAUUGCAGCAGUAAAACCAUCUUUAAAGACAGAUAAGGCAGAGGAUACGCAAGCCCCAAAGGUAUUAGGCAUACAGUGGGAAACAGCAAGAGACAAACUCGUCAUAAGAUGUAACACUCCACGCAUCGGUGAUUACAAAACGCACAGUCUUAAAGAUGAGGCGACCAUAUACGACUCCUUAGGAUGGCUCCUGCCACUACACAAUCGAGAACAGGAGGUAGAAGAACGCAUCGACGCACCUGACGACACACCAACACAAAAACAACAGCCAGAUGCGAAUGAGCGUCGAACAAACCAGAAUCAUGAACAAAACCUACACGCUCUGCCAGAAAAUAUACUCCAGAUUAGGGGAGUUGGAAAGAAGGUGGGAAAGCACGCCGAACUCCUACUAGAAGCACAAAUCAACACGGUCGUACAACUACAGAAACAGAAAUCGGAGCCGAAAGAAGAGGAAGCAAAGGAGGACACAUUGGACAUCGCGGACGAGCAAAACACUCUUAUUCUUCUGGGCAACUACGACGUCCAUCAAGCCCCGCCGGAGUGUGCUGGAUCGCAGCACCCGAUCAACGUAGGUCAACGUUCGAUCCGCCGCUAUAAAAGGGGAGCGGGAUUAAUGACGAAUCAAUCUUAUCAUUUUGCCGGGCACUGA